AUGUGCAAGUCUCAGCUACACUCUGCUGGUCUCCCUCAGCCUCUGCUUCCUCUGCUCCUUGCUCUUCAUCGGCCAUCCUACCACAGCCACCUGCCUGCUGUGCCAAACCACAUUCGCAGUUGUCUUCACAUUGGUGUGGUUCUGGCCUUCAGGGCCACCAGACCAGGGAGCAGGCUCCGCAGGUGGCUAGGAUCCAUAGCAUCUUACUCUCUCAUUUUCACCUGCACCCUCAUCCAAAUGUGUCUCUGUGGCAUCUGGCUCGGGACAUCCCCCCCCUUCCUGGAGAUGGACAUCCACUCUGAGCCUGGCUCCAUUAUCAUCCAGUGCAAUGAGGGCUCCCUUCUCACCUUUUACUGUGUCCUGGGCUACAUGGCCUUGCUGGCCUUGGCGAGCUUCACCAUGGCUUUCCUGGCCAGGAACCUGCCAGAUACUUUCAAUGAAGCCAAGUUCCUGACCUUCAGCAUGCUUGUGUUCUGCAGCGUCUGGAUCUCCUUCCUGCCCUCGUACCAGAGCUCCAAGGGCAAGGCCAUCUUGGUCUUGGAAGUCUUUGCCAUUUUGACCUCCAGUGCUGGGAUUCUCACUUGA